AUGGAGUUCAAAAAGGCUCUCGACGUGCACCAUUUUCAAUCGCGCAUGUCCAAUUUCUUCAUCAUCAUCCUGGGCGAGGGCGUUCUGCAACUAGUCAAGGACGGCCCGUUAGUUCUCGGACUCAACGGGAGCACGGGAAUCAUGGUCUGGAUCCUGUUGAUCUACUAUGAAUUCUCUUUCCUGUACUUCAACCGUGACGGGAGCAGGAGAUUCAUCCCGGCCGCCACGAACAAGGGGCGAAAGACCUUGACAUGGGUCCUUUGGCACAUCCCGCUCUUCUCCUCGAUCCUGACCUUCGCUUCCAGCGUCAUGUUUAUCAUUCGUCACCAGCCAGACGCACCGUACAACUCUCCGGGCGGUCAAGCGGGGGAGGCUCAGCAGAUACCGCACGACGAUCUCCCGCGCUACCUGUACAGAGCCGUGUGGACGUGCGCGAGUUCACUGGGCAUCAUCAUGCUCAGCAUGACGGCGCUGGCGUUGUUGGACAAGUCCCUGGACGAACCGGGCACCCUCAAGGUCAACAACCGGUAUAUCCGCCUGUCGGGCAGGGUCGUGUAUAUCGCCGUGAUCGUGUGCGUGCCCGCCACACCCCACAUGGAUGCGCGACUCUUUCUCGGAAUCGCGGCUUUCAUGCUCCUGGCCGUGACCGUUUGGGAAUGGAACGUCGGCCUGGACAGGGGAGGCGCGCUGAUUGAGCCGAUGGGUCUCUCGCACAUGAUGAGCCGGGAAUUGACAUCUUAG